UAUCGAGAACGGUCGGUCAGAAGUGAACGGGCAGCAACGAACGCAGCAGCCACAGCAUCAACAGCAGCCACAGCAGCAUCCGCGACAUUCGGUGUCUAAUGGUACGGCGGUCGAAGCAGGCAGUGAUUUCGUUAGUGGUGGUUGUGCAGUGAUGACCUCAACCGUCAUGUCCGCGGCGCGCAGUAACGGUGCCGAUGAGCGUAGUGGUUACGGGAGCAGUGAAGAUCGGUUCCUGCUGCAAUCCGCUGCUUUAGCGGCGGACGCAAGUGGUGGUGGUGUUGGUGGUGGUGACGUAGAAGGGCACAGAAAGAAUGGUGGCAAUAAUAGCGCUGGCAGUGCAAUGGCGAGCAAGAAUCUCAUCGCGAGUGAAAGUGUCGAAAAGGGACUGCCCCCGCCGGUCGGUGCGGGCUCCACGCUCCCGAGUCAGUACAACAACAGCAAUCUGAUCAAGAACUUCAAGAACGGCAAAGCGGAGAAGAAGGGCAAAACGUUCCUGUCGCGCAUUUCGUCCGGUUUUCGCUUUUCGUUCCGCAACAAAUCGAAGAAAGGUGCCGGGCUGAAGGAGACCACCUUCGGGGUGACGGGAUCGGGCGCGAACGUCAGCCAUGGGCUUCCACCGUUGGCCGGGUCGGCCAACAAUGGUGCCACGUACAACAACAAUAACAACGUCAAAGGAAAGCCUGGCAAGGCGUCGACGAUGCCGAGCGCUCGGGGUAAUGACAGUGCGUCGGCCGACUUUAUCUACAUCCCGCUGAAGGAUCCCCGCAGGACCGACGAGUCGGCGGCCUACCUCCGCCAGAUGAACACGUCCGGCGUGACGGUCGACGACAGCUUCACCGGGGCCGAGGAUGAACCGGACGAUUGCGAGAUCGCGGUAACGCGGCCACCCGGUGCCGCCCCGUACCGGUCCGACUCGAGCACGGCGCUCAAUGGAGAGGGCGGCGGAAAUGGCUUCCACCAUGGCCACGGGUCGUCGCGCGCGGGACCCGGAAACCAGCAGCGCGCGGGCACCAACCACGUGUUGAGCUCCAAGCCACCGCUCCCGAAGCAACCGCCGAGGGUCGUGGGCGUGUGUGCGAAGCGGUCCAGCACCUCCCCGGCUUCGGCGAAGCACGCACAUGCGCAGCGCGCCUCGUCGACGCCACCGAGAGAAAUCGAUGACGACGAGCCCGACUGCGCCUCCGUCGGAGGCAGCGGCAGCUACUAUCGCCGAAGCCCAUCGCAGUACGCGGCCAACGGCAGUUCGUACAGUGGCGCUGACACGGUGAGCGUCGAAGGAACGCUUCCUUCCGCGGCUCUGCUACGGUCGCACUACGCCGACUACGGCGACGAGUACGAGGACGAGGACGAGGACGGCCAGCAGCGGUUCUACUACGGCCACCAUCGGAGCACCAUCAUGGGCAGCGAGCAGAAGAUCGGUCUCAUCGAGACCAACCUCGACACGCACGAGACCGUCAUCUCGGGCAAGACGCGUUCGCUCAUGGAGCUCGGUGCCGGCGGGCCCCACUACCGGGGCCACCAUCCGGGCCAGCGGCGCACCAUCGGCGGUGUCGGCGGGCAGAUGAACGGACAGGGUGGCGGACCGGGCGGACCGGGCGAACAGCGCACCAGGCCGCACAAAAGCAUGGAGUUUCUGCUGGACAAGGAAAACCAACGGAACGUUCUGCCUCCGGAGAACGAGCUGCAGAAGUCGCACGAAACGGGCACCAACCUGAGCGAACAUCAGCUGCGCGUGCAGGCGUCCCUGCAGCGGCUGAACAUCCCCGACUGGUACAAGCAAUACUCCGGCAAGGACGGGCCGGCCGGCCAGGUGACCGGCUCGCCGGCCUCGAACACCCCCGGUGCACCGGGCGCCGGCGCCGGCGGCGGCAUUCUGCGGAAGCGCAACAGCGACGUCGGCCGCUGGACCGGGCUGAGCUCGAAGACCACUUCGCUCAGCUCGCUCGGAUCGCACCGGUCGGACCGUAGUCCGGUGAUGCUGAGUCCCUCCGCACACAGUCACCACGGUCAGACCGGGUUCUCGCGGUGGUCCACGUCGCACCUGAACUCGAACCAGACGUCGCCGAGCGUAUCGACGCGCGGCUCGUUCACCCGGGGCGGCCUCAACGCGAGCGUCAUCUCCGGCUACUCGACCGCGUCCACCACGACCGGCGCGGGUGUCAAUAGCGGCCCCGGCGGCGGUCCCAGCACCAUCCGGAACUCCUUCCGACAGCCCUACCUGGGCUGGAGAAGCCAAGAAAAGCUGUCCCAGCCGAGGACACCAGCGGAAAGACUGGCAUCAUCACUUUUGCAGCAACAGGAGCAGCAGAAGGGCAACCGGCAGCACCAACAGCAGAAGGAGGAGUCCGUCGUGACACCAGAGAUUCAAUCAUCCAUCAUAGAAGUAACGUCAGCGAUUGUACAUUAUGUAAAUGACCAAACAAAUCGACACUCACGCAGUAGAUCCACUAGUCCAAGCCAAAGAUGUUGGCUAGAAAGUUCAUUUGUUGGCACCCGGCCUCUCGACUCCCCGCAAACGCCGAUGAUCGAGAAUAGUUCCGUUCUAGGAUCCAGCCACCAGAAGCAGCAUCAGCAGCAGCAACAGCAGCAACAAACGGCCGGUGACCACUAUCGGUUUAACGCCGGGAUGAAUGGCGUCGUGUGUUGUGAAUUCGAUGAUCUUUACUGACGGACCGAUUCGAAAAAAAACCGAUGUAAAAACCGCGCGUGUAGAAAAACCGGGGUGACGAGUUUUGUAUUUUUUGUUUUCUCCGUUCGAGCGACCCCCCUUUAUAGGUCCAUAUUUGGCUCUAUUGUUAGGUUUUAGAUUGUAAUCUUUGUACGACAUAUACAAAAUCGAGCGAGAGACACGGGGGACGAGCGAUCCCCGAAUGGGAGGAAAAAGCUAAAUAAGGAAACAAAUCCUUUCAAAUGCUGUCUAUUAGUUCUAUUAGAUAAGUGAGCUUUAGCGGCUCAGCGACCAAGAAACUGAAGGUGCACUCUCUACAAUUCGGUCAGUUUGCGGUUCUUGCCGUCCAUUGUCCAAUAGUUUCGGUUAUGUGUUUUUUUUUUAACUUUUUAGUUGCUUGCAAAUUCGAAUUCCAGUUUUGAGACACAGUAUAUAGAGAAAACGAGGAAAAAGGGAGCGCAAAGCAAGAGAAACUAAUCGUGUUUCACUUUUACCAUUCAGAGAUCAGUGUUUUUGGAGAAAGAUUUUUUGAAAAAGAAACCAAACUAAAGCAGUACAAUAAUACAGCGGAUAAUCUUAUACCUAUUGCUAUUGCAAUAUCGGUUCGUGAGACACGUUUACUCUCCGGCAAGCAAAAGCAGACGGCGCAACGGUUAGCGAGUGAGGAAGCGAACAACUACCGAAGUGUUGUUUGAACGUAAUGAAGAGCAGAAUUUUUGUCUGCAUACGAAACGCAUUUUGUCCCCGACGGUUAAGGCACGGUACGGUUUGUUUUGCAAGUAUUGUAUUUUUUACGAAAAACAUAGCCAUUGUAAAAAGGAAUAUUUAUCAGGCAGCGGAAAAAAAUUGUCCACCAAAAUCGAACGAAAACUUACGGAACACUGGCAAGCUAGUUGGGGAGGGCGCGUAUCCCCUUACGGUUCUUGUUUGAUGUAAAGUGAUUGGUCCAAAAUAGAUUAACUACACUCGAAAGCAAAAGACACUGGAAGCGCCGAAACGGGAAAUUAUUGCACCGGCACCGACACCGAAACCGCAAACGUGUAUUGCAGGGAACGAAAUGCCACCGAUCACCUCCUCUUAUUUAAAAUUUACAUUAAAUUAAGGAGUGUUUUGAUUUGCGGCGUUAGGUACACGCAAAGGUACGACAACUUCAGGAUCAAUUCAGGACUCUCCAAAAAGUCCAUCUUGAGCAACGACGACGCGGUGAUGCGAAGCAAAGGACAGGAAACGUGUAGUUGCCGUAGCCUCCGCUGCGUUGCACAUUGGCGCUAGUGGUGUUUGCGUGGGUGGUGCGUUGGAUGCAAGAUUGUACGCCAUCGUCACGCGCGUGCUUUGAUUUUGUGAUAAAUUUUAAGGUGCCUCAAAAUUGCAA